AUGUCUAAACGCCGAUCAGAGAGCCAACUGACUAGAGAACAAUUCGACAAGAUGAGCUCGAAUGGUUUCAACUUCUCAGCGAAUCGCGUAGGAAAUGGAGUUGGGGGUGGUCCGGAAGACGUUACCGAUCCUUCCAUGAUGGCAGAUAGAGCUACUCUCUCUCAUCGAAAAAUAGCACCCCUGAAACGGGGCCGUGGUGGUGUCAGAGCAGGAGCCAGGACUGGAGGAGGUGACAAUAUUCCGAAUCUUUUCUCCGGAGUAGCCGGGGGUGUGACAUUCGGUGCCUCCAAUGGAACGGUGCAACAACCACAACAGUCUUUCGGUGGGUUCGGAUUUGGAGCGACAGGCAAUAAUAGUUCUACGUCUACCGGGUUUGGCGGGAGUUCUGCUGGAGGAUCCUUCGAAUUUGCGGCUAACAAUAAUAAUGGGCAACAAGAGCAAUCGAAGCCCAAUCCCUUCGCAUCUCUUGGCGCAAGCAGCAAUGGGACUAUGUUCCAGACAGCGGCCCAGCCUCAAGCUACAUCUUUAUUUGGCGGUAAUUCAUUUGGUUCCAACAACGCAAGUCAGACCUCUUCAGCAACCCCUGCUCCAAGCUUUGUCUUUGGAGCUACCAACAACAGCUCUACCCCCGCUCCUCCUGCAACGGAGAAUUUUAAUAAAACUCCUUCCUUUACUUUUGGUAGUGGAAAUACCAGCACACCGACAAUGUUUGGCGGCACAGGAGAUAGCAGCAAUAACAACAAGUCGUCGUUCACCUUUGGUACAAACAGCGGUGUAAGCGGAGCGGCUUCUCCGGUUGCUGCCCCUGCCGCUUUUGGCAGCUUUGGUUCCAACGCCGGCUCUUUGGCUCCUCUCUUUGGAAGCACCCCGAGCCCUGCCCCAGUUCUCGAGAAGACUCCCGAGCCGACUCCUGCCAUCGCGGCUCCUCAGCCAACGUUUUCCUUCGGUGCCGCAACACCGGCCUCAUCAUCUACCGGAAACUCUUUGUUUUCAAAGCCCUCGGAACCGUUGUUCAAGCCCACCCCAUCUCCCGAACCGCUGGCUUCAGGUAGUCUCUUUGGAGCACCUAAGCCAUCGCCGAGCCCUGAGCCGUCGGCUGCAAGCCCUGGGCUGUUUGGGUCUCAAACUACUGCCUCUACUGGAUCUGGUGGUCUGUUUAAUUCUUCUGCUGCACCUGUUGUUAAACCGCCUACUUUUACUGGAUUUGGUCCUCCUGCGCAACCGCCCACACCUAACGCAGAUGAGAAGCCGCCGACGUUCUCGUGGGGCCCACCUAGUGAAGAGCCAAAGAAGGCCGAGGAAGCUCCCAAUGCCCCAUUUGGAGGGUUCGGUGCCCAUACGAUCGACCCCCAGCAGGAAGCGCCCGCUCCCAAGCCCUUCACUGGCUUUGGUCAAGGACCGGAGGAGCCUGCCAAGCCUUUGUUCGGAUCCUCGGCUCCCUCGACAAUUGGGUCAGGUCUUUUUGGGAAACCGGCUGAGAACAGGCAAGACACCCCGGCGCCUUCCACACCUAGUCUCUUCAACAGGCCGGCCGAGACCUCAACCCCUAGCUCCUUUGGUAAACCCACUGAGACUAAACAGGAUACACCGGCAGUUUCCGCUGGUUUAUUUGGAAAGCCUACUGGACCUUCAACUUCCAACUUUUUCGGUAAGCCGGCGGAAGCGAAGCAGGAUACUCCUGUAACCGGGUUAAAGAAAGCGCCUACGUUCGAAGGUUCUCCAAUUACUUUCGGGAAGAAUUCCGUUUCUGCUUACGGUGGAUCCGGUAUUUCGCCGUUGUCUCCGGCACCCGUCAAUCAGUUUGUUCCACCUGCUCCUCCUGCACCCAAGGCUGCUGAGCCGACUGUUUUCAGUGCGGCCAACGUUCGAACACCAUCGCCUCCACUGCCAUCAGAUGCUACUUCAUGGGCACCGGCGCAGCUCACGGAGUAUUAUAAUCUCUACGGACUUCGCUCUUUGAACUAUAGGUUUUUGGAAGCACUUAUGAAGGCUGAUCAAUUUGGUGAUUGGAGCUCUGCUUGCGAGAUCUAUGUUAGGGAGGCCUCGCGUAUCAAGACUUGCCAGGAGAAUGGGGAGAGGUAUAAAGGGGCUUCUGGGGGGCAUGCUAAGAGGGCGUUGACGGAGGGCGAGGACGGUGGAGGGAAGAGAAGGAAGGAAGAAGACUCGACUAAAAGAUCGAAUUUUUCGGAUUCCCCCCUUGGUGUUAAUGCCGAAAAGAAGGAUUGGCAAAGCCUGUCCAGUGCACCGUUAUUCGGAUUCAAGCCGCCUUCCCUAUCUGAUGCGAAGUCGAGCUCUUCCUCGCACCCCGCGCCGCUGCCUACCGCGCCUCUUUUUGGGUUUAAGCCUCCGGAGGGUGGUGAUGGCAACAAUUUGUCGAACGGGCGUAAGCUGGCGUCGGGCCCGGUUCACGGGUUUAAGCCCCCCGGGGCACUUGGGGAUAAGGGCGAUAAGCCGAAGACAGGUGGAAGCGUGUUUGAUAGUCCCAGCGCGCCUGUCAAUAACAGUGGCUUCGUGAAUCCGUUCUCGAAGGUCAGCACAGACGACAUUGUGGUUGAGGAGGAUGAUGACGAUAAUGUGGGUGCCAACAAGAAGGCUAGCAGUGGCAGAAGCCUUUUCGACCGGAUAUCAGAGCCACUCACGGAUAAGAAAGAGGGUGGAUUCUUUGGAAGUCCAAAAAUUGGGUUCGGUGAACCAUCCUUACUUGGUAAAAAGGUUGAUGACGCCAACCCGAAUAGCCUUUUUGGCAGUGUCAGCGAAUCUGCUUCCGCUUCUUCUACCUCGGCCGCAACGCCUUCUCUCUUUGGCACCGCCACAACCAGCAAGCCAGAGGUCGGCUUUUCGUUUGGUGGCCUGAAUAAGCCAGCAGGCUCGAUAUCCGUGCCCCCUUUGAACCCCAGUCUUCUCCGACCGACCUCAGCCCUGUCCCGUAAUAGUAGUGACGGAAAUACGACAAGCGCUGUAUCCACUCCUGGUGCAACAGAAACUGAUGCCUCGGAACCCAAUGAUAACGCUCAUAAUGCAAAGAACGACCUUGAUCUCUCCGGCCCUGGUCCUGGAGAGGAGGACGAGGAUUCGAAAUACCAGAUGAAAGCCCUUGUAUAUGAGUCCACCAAGGAGUCUUUCAAGAAGACCGGCUCGGGUACUCUCCGUGUACUCAAGAACCGUGAGAACUGUAAGGCACGUAUUGUCGUCCGCACUGAUAUCGGAAAAGUCAUCCUCAAUGUCGGUCUCAAUAAGUUGCUUAAUUACACUGUUGUGGACGACAAGAAGAAGAAUAGCAUACGGAUCCCAGAAUUCCUGCCCGGCGGUUCAACGAGAACUUGGCUAGUGAGAGUAAAACUAGCAGAAGAUGCGGCAAGAUUGGCAACGGUUAUGAACGAGGAGAAGUUAUGAAGAAUGCUCUACUGAGUUAGAGCGGUGUUUCUUUUCUGCUUGUCUUUUCUGUUUUCCUCCAUCUCCUCUUUCCCCCCUGCAGCUAAAUUUCCGUCCCCUUCCACAAAGGCUUUGCUCCUAUUCCAUAAAAAUGUAUUUCAUCUUUUAUAUUUCAUUUUUCUCCUCGGAAACCAACAUGCAUUCCGCCAAUUCUUUGUUUUGUUUUCUUUUUUCUUUCUUUCUCUUUUUCUUUUACUGCAAAUUCAUCAAUUGGAUAAAUGGGUUUUAUCAUUCCGUAGGGUUUUUGUUUUAUUAUUUUUUCUGGGAAAAAAUCUAAUUUCUGUUUUCCGUUCUUUUCUUUUCCCCAUCUUCUACUCGAGUACUGAGCCGUGCAUCAUGUGUGUCUGUUUCUCUCCCCCUCUCUACCUGUGUGCGUGUCCGCGUGUGUAUUUGUAUAUUAGUUAACCCCCCCUCUUUUAUCCUUGCUUCUACUUGUGUUGCUCCCGUAGCAUAAUCCGGAGUAUCGUAUCGUAUCGUAACAGUAGCCUUUUGUUGUUAA